AUGGAAUAUUGGGUAGGGCAUCCUUCAUUCUCUAAUGUAGCAUCUCUUGAGCUACAAAGUUGUAGGUAUUGCAGCAGUUUGCCACCCCUUGGGCAGCUACAAUCUCUGCAGAACCUCUAUAUUGCUGGUUUUGAUGAAGUUGUUACAGUGGGUCGUGAGUUUUUUGGUAGCGGUUCUUCUUCAUCUAAGCCAUUUGGUGCCCUCAAAGUUCUUAAGUUGGAGAAUAUGUGGAACUGGGGGGAAUGGAAUUAUUUUGGUGACGAAAAUGAGGGUGUAGGUUUUCCUCAACUUGAAAAGCUUUAUAUUAUCACGUGCCCUAAACUCACAGGAGGGUUGCCGGUCCAUCUUCCUUCUUUAGCCAUACUUGAUAUUAUUAAUUGUCAGCAACUGGUGGCUCCACUCCCAAGGACUCAUGUUAUACGUAAUUUGAGGUUGGAUGAUUGUAAUGGGGUUUUGUUAAAUGAAUGGCCACCUGGAAUGCAGAAGCUCGAAAUUGGAAGAUUUGAUCCACUAGAGUUCCUUCCCAAGGGAAUGAUAGACUCCAACGGCGGUCUUCAAGAGUUGGUGAUCCGUAGCUGUUCCUCACUUGUGUCCCUUCCUAAGGAUGGUCUUCCCUCUACAUUAAAAACCCUUGAGAUUAAUAGUUGUAUGAAGUUAGAGCUCUCAACAAACCUGGACUAUUCAUCCCUUGGAAAACUGUCGUUGUGGAAUUGUGAUUCUGUAAAGUCCUUUCCAUUAGAUUUAUUCCCAAAUCUUUAUCACAUCAAAAUCAGUUCGUGUAUCAAUUUGGAAUCUCUUACGGUUCCAGAAAAUUAUGAACAUGAUUUAGUCGCCUUGGAGAUUAAUAUCAGACAUUGCCAUAAUUUUGUUUCUUUUCCAAAAGGAGGAUUGCGUGCCCCCAAACUCACAACGUUUAGGGUCGAUGGUUGUGGCAGUUUGAGAUCACUUCCUGACAAAAUGCACAUACUCCUUCCGUCUCUUGAGUGUUUGGAUAUAUGGCAUUGUCCAAAAGUUGAGUCGUUUCCUGAAGGGGGGUUGCCUUCCAAUUUGAAAUCAAUUUUGAUCAUUGGUUGUGAAAAACUCAUUGCAAGUCGGAUGGGAUGGGGUUUGCAGAACCUCCCUUUUCUUAGAUCUUUGUCAAUCGGUGGCAAUUCUGAAGAUGUGGAGUCCUUCCCAGAGGAGCAGUUGCUGCCCACCAAUCUGACCUACCUUGGAAUAUGGUACUUUCCAAAUUUGAAAUUUUUGGACAAGAAAGGGAUUCAACACCUCAAUGCUCUUGAAAGAUUGAGUAUCUGGAACUGCCCUCAGCUCAAGUAUAUGCCGGAACAGGGGCUGCCUCCCUCCCUUUCUCUAUCAAUCUUGGAAUGUCCUUUGUUGAAGGAAAAGUUGCAAAGUAAAAAAGGAAAAGAAUGGUUCAAGAUUGCUCACCUGGAACAGAUAUGGAUUGAUUACAAAUGGAUUGAAUAA